ACCGGAUCGUCCAUAGACCCGGUUUACAGAAUGACUGACGAACAACCUGAAGAUCCUAAUGCUUAUGAACCAAAAGUAAGGUGGGUCAACCCACAACGGCUGGACUUAAUGACGUUUAUCGGCAAGGAUGUGUUCGUGGUGGCCCACGACAUAUACAUUAUUCUAUUCAAUUAUAAGACCAACACCGAGAUGAUCUAUGUGGCGAACAACCAGGAGAAAGGAGAUGGAGUCGACGUAUUGGGUGGUCACCGCUCUUACAUGUUCGCCUUCGCGGAGAAGGUGCGGUACCCUAGGAUAUUUCUCAUCUCGUAUCCAUCACUCACUACCGUUGCAGAAAUAAAAGACAUGGAUGUAAAUAGAUACAAAGGUAUCUGCAUGAUGGAAAGUGACUUGAUUGCCACGUUCACUGGUUUCCCCAACUAUCUGGUGACUGUAUGGUGUUGGCGCACCAAUCAACGUCUGCUCAGUAUACCGACAGGAGUCCGUAGGCGCAAGCAGAUGUUCAUGGCCAGCCGUACGCAUAUGCUGCUAUGCCAAUGCUGGGGCGAAGGCGUGCACGUAUGGGAGGUAGCUCGGUGCUAUAAGAAGUGUUUCAUGUUAAAGAGGAAGAUUGUGGCGGUUUCUGGCUGGGACGCCGCGGACCAACCACUGAUUGCUGGCAUCUGUUGGAGCGUCGAGGGCCAGCUGUACUCCAUCGAUUGUAAAGCUAACUUAUAUGGUCUGUCGUCUGAUGGUGUAGCACUAGUAAAAACUUUAGAAUGGACAGACGACAAAAUUGAAGGGAACCGUCAAACCAAUAUUUGCGCAUUUCUUAACGGUUUACUUUUUUAUGGACCCGACGAUAACUUACGGUUUCUUCGGAAAGAAGUGGAGGGGAAGUCGUGGAAGGUUGAAUGGACGUACGCUCCAAUCGACGUAGUAGUUCGUCUGGUGAGCAAUGCAUUCUGCGACAUGGUGACGAUGUGGACUAGAAGCGGCUUCGUGUUUAAAAUCACCGCAGACGCUGAUGACAAAAUUGAAGUUAACUUGUUCACUGUUAAACAAAGGAACAUUAAGAAGGUUCAGCUGAUUGCACCUGAUUUCAAGCAUUUUGCGAUGAUGAAUGAUAAUGCCGUUAUAAGCAUAUACGAAGUGAAUGAAGAGAAAUUGAUCUUCAUGAAAGCUGUAAAAGCCUUAGAUGUUUCGUUCGAAGCAAGUCCUAUAGAUCCACUACUAGCGAUAUUCGGUGAGGUGAACGGCAAUUACGGCAUAGUUCUUCAGGCCUUCGAACCUGAAACAGGAUUGAAGAAACAGAGCCGCAUGUGCCUGACGCACCAGAUCGUGUCCAGGGUAGCGUUCUCGGAUUGUGGCCGGUUCCUAGUGGCCGCAGCAAUGUCCGCAGGACACAUCUUUAUUUUUAAGGUUAGCACAGACUAUAAGCUGAACUUGAUGCGGUACACUGAGUUCGGACGAGGGCUGGCAGACUGCUUCCUCAUGAAAGUCGGUGCAACCAUGAGAUGCUUCAGUCUCGUACUAUUCUCAGAAAAAUAUAGAAUUGGCGAGCGUAUAAUCUGUGUAAACGCUGAAACAGGCAAAGACAACAAGUUCGCGGGCAAGAUGCAGGGACCGUACUCCAAACUGCUGCCACUCAGCGCCAAGGACACCAUGAUCGCCAUCCCGCAUCUCAGCAGGCAGAUGCAUAUACUCAAACUAAAUGGAGAUUUUCCACAGAAACUGGAAAAAUUUCAAAUAUAUCCAACCAAAACUCUUAAGGUUAAACUAGUCGCGGGCUCGAACUCAAUCAAGGGCGUGGCCAAAAAGCGCGCUGUCUCAUCUAACAUCGUGUGUGACAGAAAUAGUACCAGUGAUGAGCAGUUCUCCGCAACUCCGAAUCGGCAUCGGCCCUAUUGGGCCCCAUCUGUGGUGGUCUGUUGGCUCUUUGAGGCACGCGUGGAAUGCGACGCGCCGGACGCUCGGGUUUGUUUCUGGUCGGACGGGGAGCCACCCAUGCUCGCCGUCCGCAGGCCCGCGCUUACAGUGGCCGGAUAUCGUCCCGCGAUCCCCGACGCCCAGUGUGUCCUUCACGAUGGCUGGGUUGCUGCUGGGAUCCGCACCAAUAACUACCUAAAACUGAUAGUAACUCAUCGGUAUGAAUACGGUGUUAAAAGUGCUGUGGUGGAUGCGAAUGGCGAUUUUUUCUUACAUUUGGCCGUAGGCGGCACUAUGGCUUGCACUUUCCUGCGACGUCGCGACCAUGAGUUGGGCGACAUUACGCAUAACGCGCCCUCUGAUGCCACCUGCAAAACCGAUGACAAAGCCAACACCAUCACUGUUAUACACUAUAAUGAUAAAAAUUACUUAGACAUUCAAGAAGACAAGAAAGUCCGUGAAGAGGCUAUGGACUACAAACGCCAACGCGAAGAGGUGGUCAAGGUGUUCGAGUUACUGCAGAGCAAGCUGGUGGAUCUCCUGGAAGAAAACAUUAAUGAGCGACCAUUGCAUCAGCUAUCAUUGUCGGAGUUCAAUCUACACCAGGAAGCCAAAAAAGAGAGGCUCAAAGCGGCUGAAAAGGAGCGUGAAGAAAUAAGGUUACAGACAGAAGCUCGUAUUAGAGCACAGGACAAAGUGACAGCCUGGAUCAAACAGACGUGUUGGGACACUAUACAAUCACCGAGGAUCAAGAUCUUCGCAAUAUUCAGUCAUUACCACGUGGAGAAUUUUGCAAUGAUGCCAUCACACCGUGAAACUUGGGCAGAAUUGCAGCAAAUUGAAGCGCUCCGCUCAAUCGAGAUGGAGAAUGACUCGGAUUUGUUCCGGCCCUGGCUGGAAGAAAUUAUUGUCGAGCCUCCCACCAGUACAGCAGCAGUAGUACCUGUUGCAACUAGUGUUACUGUAAGCCCACACGCGGAAUCCAUGGGCUCUAUGCGCGAUACACGGCGCAGCUUGGAAAGCGAUGAAGACGAUGUAGCCGUCGACGUGGUGGCGGAACCUUACGUCUUGUCGGGGACCAACGCACAUCGCUUUGUGUCUAUCCCUCGCUUCAUGAUCCCGCAGAUGGAGGCCUACAGCUUCUUACAGAUGAACUGGCUUUAUCAUAUAAUGCAGGCAAGUUCUGAUUUUCUGGAUAAAUGUGGUAUUAACACGCAGAACAUGCGGAUGUGGUUCAACAAGCAGUUUGAAGAGCUCAUGCAGCUGAAGAAAAGAGAAGUGGCCCUCGUCGCUGAGAGAAACGACAGAUUGCGUUUUAUUAUCGAAGAAUUGAAUAAAUUAUCUGACUUGCGAGGCAGCUUCCAUCAUUUGAAAAUCGAAAUCAAUGACCCACAGUGGAGACAAGAAGAACACGUUGAAAAACUUAUCAAAGUAGAGCCUGAGGAGUGUUCUAUCGAGCCGUACAUCAGCCCGAGUCAAAUCGUGAUCGUGCCUCCAGACCCGGGCCCAAAGGACGACUUCCGUGAAAGAGCUCUAAUAGAGAUGAUGGAUGGUGUCUUAGAGAAGUUAUGGCACGAGGAAAUCAAGAAACCUAUACCAAUGCCCCAAUGCAUGGUCUUGGACAAAGAUCCGGAGAACUUUAAUGAAGAAGAUCUAAGGCAGGUAUUUGAUUACGAAGCGAAAGUGAAAUUCCGCAAUGAAGAGCGGGAUAAGUACCGCAAAAUGCUACAUGCUGAAUACGCUAAGCUGUCACAAGUGCUCAACGAAGGAAUUAUCAAGUUCAAUCAGAAGGUUCGAGAUACGUGGCUAACAAAAAUCAAAGUGGAUUCUGUUAUCGGUCAAGAGAAUCUCAAUCUAAUGCGCCUGCGCAGAACGAACCUGGACCGAAUUGAAAUGUCAGAAGUAAUAGAAGAUAUCAGAGACAAAAUAGCAUUAUACGAACGCCAGUUGGAGGAGUUGAAUGCUGAAUUUCAAGCCAUACAGGACCAGAGCCUUGAUUGCCAGGCUGCGUACGAAGCUCUCACGGCUAAGGAUAGACAGAUGGACAAGACUUUUAAAAACCACUUCGGUGAUCUAUCGCCCAUCAUAGUUGAACAGGCAUAUAAGUUUUUUAAGCGGCGUCCGAAGUGGCACCAACGUGUGACGAUGAUACCGGUGGUGCUGUACGAGCUCGCGUGGGCAAUAGCGAGUGGCACCAAGCCUCCCCUGUUGCAUCCUGACUGCUUCGAUUACGUCAAAGGAAUGGAGCAGUUAGACCAGAUCAGCAAUAUGCCAACAGUGAUGGACGAACACAUGUGGACCACUAUGUGCAAGCUGCGUAGAGCCAAAACAGAAAACGAAAUCCGAAUGAGAGCCCUCAUUCAGGAGAUGACGUACGUAGAUAGUACCAUUAGCGCGUGGAACAAGGCGAUCCAGGCUCGACGGACGCACCUUGUGACGUAUCAGAGUAAGGUCGCACAGCAUCGAGAGACAGUGGAGUUGGAAGCCAGGAACAAAACCGUUCAGCUGGUGCUGCCAGCGGGACAAGUGGAAAUCAUAACAACAGGACAUAUGGAUGACUUUGAAGAUGCCACACUUAUUCCCAAAGUGGACAUCGAGACAAUUAACAAUCUCAUACUGAAAGUUGGUGCUAUGAAGUUGCGUAUGAUGCGCAAACAAAUGGAGUUCCGUAAGGGCAUCCUAGCCAAAGAAUGGGAGCACGCACAGAUGAAGAUGAAACUACGACACAUGAAACAAGAGCUUUACUCGUACCAACGACUGAGGAUUCCAAAAGAACUGCAGCUGUACUUAAAAAACAAAGAGCUGGGUUACACGGAUGAGCAAGACUAUAUUAAGAUGGAGAAGGAGAAUGAAGCUUCCAAGUUGGCUGUCAACAAGAUACUCAACGAACAAAUUCAUAGGUCCGCAGAAAUUGAGGUGAAAUUAGCGGGCAUUGAAGCAGCAUCUGAAAAGAUAGAGAAAUUGAUAACGAACCUUAACGUAAAGGUGUCUGAAAAGAAACUUAAUGAAGAUGCACUGGAGCCGAUAAGACGACGACGGGUGUACAAAAAGAGGAUGGAGACCCUAGUAAUGCGCAGCCGCCUGAUCAGAGACGUGCAGGCCAACCACUCCACCAUCGUGAUGCUGCAAACUGAACUGGAACUCCUCCGCCUCAAGACCUACCCCACUCUUGCCAGUUUUCGCACUUACUAACUUA